GGUUGGUACUGCAUUAAUUUAAUUAAAAUGGCAUCUAAUACAGAGAACGGAAAAGAGAUUAACAAUGCUGAAGCUGGAAAGGAAAUCGAGGAGGAAAAACAAGCUCCAAUGGUAGAGGGCCAAGAUAACCAGAACGGAGAUGGCCAAGUUGCUGAGCAUAAGAAAUGGAGAGCGAAGUUGUACCAGCUCAAUGCUGAUGGAGGCUGGGAUGACCUUGGCACAGGCCACUGACACGUCGAUGUUAAACAAGAGAUAAUAAAACUUACUUCAGAGAGUGACGAAACAGAAUUGUUAGAUUCUCGGAUAUCCCUAUCUACAAGUUAUCACAGACAGAGAGAUACUAUCAUUACUUGGCUGGAUGAUUCCACUCAGAUGGACCUGGCUAUCUCCUUUCAAGAAAUCGACGGAGCCCAGGAAACCUGGGAAAUUAUCUGAAAUAUUCAAGGAAAAGAUCCUGAAGAGGUCUCUCAAGAAGAUGAGAGUGACGAUGAGUUCCUUCCAGAGCCAGAUUGCAGCAAACUAGGAAGUAUCCACAGCAUGCUCCAGAUUAUGGACCUCUCAAGAAAGCAGAAAGUCAUAGAGGAUAUAUUGAAGGAUGACGAGGAAUACAUCAAGAAGCUAGAAAAAGUCUUUGUAAAGGCUGAAGAAGAGAAAAAUGAAGAGUGCCUCAAGGAAGUCUUCCUUGUAUUCAAGGAUCUGAUCAACAUCUCAGAUGUGAAGCUCUUAGAGACAUUGGUCUCUGAUAAGUACUAUCUGACUCUUUUCGGAGCUCUUGAAUAUAAUAACGAGAUAAGCAAUACUCACAGCGAAAUGAAACAUAGAGAGUUUCUUAAAAAUAAGGUGAAAUUUAAGACCUUCAUUGCUAUUAAUGACAAAGAAGUUAUCCAGAAAAUCCAUGAAAAUUACAGAAUUUCAUAUCUUAAAGAUACUGCUCUUGCUACAGGACUUGAUGAGAACAACAUGCAGACGAUUAACAACUUAGUGAGCUCUAAUAAUCAGACAUUGAUCCAGUCGAUUCUUUUAGAUCAAGAGAACAUCACCCAAAUCUUUGAAAGUCUCAAGAAUGAUAGCUUGAAGAAAAGAAGAGAAGCUAUAAGUUUCAUCUCAGAGCUAUUUUCAAUUUCAAAGAACCUGCAAAUCCAAGGACGACUGAACUUACUAUCUAGCUUCAGGAACAUUGAGGGAUACAACUUACUAAUAUUUGUACUGGAGUCCAUCAACCUUAAUGCCUCAUCUAAGGAAGAAGGAAAGAAUGCUGAAAAAGAGAUAAAAGAAGAGAUGAAAUGAAAUCAUGAAUUAGUAUCUGACGCACUUGAGAUCCUUAUGUCAUAUCUCCAGUCAUUCCCAGUGACACUGAAUGAACUCUGUGAGAGCUAUAGCCAAUCAGAAUCAGCGAUCUCUUCAGAGAGGUUUUUGGCAAUCCUUGUCGAGCAUAUGCUAGAAACAAAGGAGCAGGAUUUGAAACUCCAGGUUCAUGAAUUCUUGAAAUUUCUGCUCGACAGUGGAGAUACUACAAUAAUAGGAAAGUUUUACAACAUUGGGUUGAGAAUAAUUGCUGAUUACUUUGACGAAAGGUCAGAUGAGCCAGAAUCAAAUACCAAUAACAAUGUGAGUAUCGCUAAAUCUCUUGGGCUAGAUAUAAUUAUCAAGACGAUCACUGAAGAUCAUUACAACUGUAAAUCUAGUAUCCUCUCCCUAGAUUUGAUAGGAAGGGUAGCAAAAUUGAUUGAAUUCAAUAACAAAUUGCUCAACAUCGGAGUUAUAAAAUUCUACAAGGCUCUUCUUGCCACUAACUUCAAACCUUAUGGCAAGAAAAUGAUAGAAGAUGAUUCUCUUGACUGUGUAAUCAAGAUCUACUCUGAGCUGAAGAACAAGAAGAAUAUGAUCGGAUCCAUUGUUCUUGACUUGUUCUCCAAGAUCACUAAGUUUGACUAUAAUGAGCUGGCAAGCCAUUUAUGCAAAAAGUAUGAAAUUGUUAAGCCAUUCUUACAAAAAUGAGCUGAUAAGUAUGAUCAAAAGAACAUUGAUUCUAUUCAUGGAAUCCUGACCAAACUUGACAAGAAUGAAGAAGGAGAUAAAUGAGAGGAUGACUGCUUUAAGAGGUCCCCCAAAUUCGGAAUUGGUAUGAAAACUGAAGAUUUUGGAGGUAUGGAUACUCUUAAAGACAAAUCAGUGGAGGAAAUUAAGGAAGAAUUUGAUCUCUCAAAACCGCCAAUUAAUCCAAUCCCGGAAAAUACUCUUGAUUUCACCCCUAAUUUUGAUAAGGAUAUCAAACUGGAGACAGAUGAGGUUCUUAAUGAAGAUAUGAUAGAGCCUGCUCAGGAGAGUAAAUCAAAAGAAACAUCUGAGACAGAGACAAUUGAAAAUAAAAAUGAGGGAAAUAGUGAAAAAUUCCAAUUAAACAUCCAACAAGAGAAUGUAGAUUUUAACGAAAAAGAAGUUUCUACUAAGAAGAGAGAUUUAAAAGCAGCUGAGAAACACCAGGAGGGAGUUAAAGACAAAGAGGAAAGCACAUCUCCAGUUGUCCAAAAUUCUACUAAUCCCCCACAAGAGCCUCCUGUAGUGAAAGAUUCGAUCAAUAAGAUUGGGAAGGGUGAGCAUAAGAAGCAGAAGACAGAGGAAGAGGAUGCCAAACCUGAACAAUUUUAGCUUAAUAAUAAAUUUAAAUUAUUCUUCAACUUAUUGGAAGUC